AUGGAGUUAAGUGUUCCCCACCAACAGUUUUGCUCCUUUCGGAAAAUUAGACACCAUAAAGAUAAGGGCUUUGGGUGUUGUAAGUCUCCCUCGGGCUCCGGCUCAGGCCAAAUAUUUCCGGUGAAGAAGCAAGGGUAUAGGAAGCAGAGGCGGUGGGUUUUAGCUGUUUCUUCUGCGGUUGACACCUGCUGCAACAACAACGGCAGAUUGAAUGUGGAAAGAAGCCAUAGUUUUGAGGAAUUCGAGAACAAUAACUAUCUCCGGAGGUUGGUUAGAAAUGGGGAGCUGGAACAAGGGUUUAAGCAUCUGGAGAAGAUGGUCUCCCAUGGCGACAUUCCCGAUAUCAUCCCAUGUACCAGUUUGAUUCGCGGGUUUUGCAGGAGUGGCAGGACUCAGAAGGCCACGAGGGUUUUGGAUAUCCUCGAGCAGUCGGGAGCUGUGCCUGAUGUUAUCACCUACAAUGUCUUGAUCAGUGGGUACUGUAAGUCCGGGGAGAUCAGUAGCGCCUUGAAGGUGUUGGAGCGGAUGAGCGUUGCCCCCGAUGUCGUCACUUACAACACCAUCCUGCGUAGUUUGUGCGACAGUGGCAAGUUGAAGCAGGCCAUGGAGGUUCUUGAUCAGCAGCUGCGCAAGGAAUGCUACCCCGAUGUCAUAACUUACACCAUCCUCAUCGAAGCCACCUGCAAGGAAAGUGGCGUCGGUCAGGCUAUGAAACUCCUCGAUGAAAUGAGGAACAAAGGUUGCAAGCCCGAUGUAGUCACUUUCAAUGUACUCAUCAAUGGGAUUUGCAAGGAAGGGAGACUCGAGGAAGCCAUCAACUUCUUGAAUAACAUGUCUUCUUACGGCUGCCAGCCCAAUGUAAUCACGCAUAACAUUAUUCUUCGCAGUAUGUGCAGCCUAGGCAGGUGGAUGGAUGCUGAGAAACUGCUAGCUGAGAUGCUGAGGAAAGGCUGUGCCCCUAGUGUUGUCACCUUCAAUAUCUUGAUUAAUUUCUUAUGUAGGAAGGGCCACCUCGGGCGAGCUAUUGAUAUGUUAGAGAAGAUGCCUAAAUAUGGCUGCAUCCCCAACUCCCUGAGUUAUAAUCCAUUGCUCCAUGGAUUCUGUAAAGAGAAAAAGAUGGAGAGGGCUAUUGAGUAUCUUGAGAUAAUGGUCUCACGUGGUUGUUAUCCGGAUAUUGUGACAUACAAUACUCUGCUGACUGCUCUGUGCAAGGAUGGCAAGGUUGAUGUUGCAGUGGAGAUACUUAAUCAGCUAAGUAGCAAAGGCUGUUCACCUGUUCUCAUCACCUACAACACUGUGAUUGACGGGCUUGCCAAAAUGGGGAAGACUGAGCGCGCUAUGCAGUUGUUGUCUGAGAUGCGGCAAAGAGGUUUGAAACCUGAUAUAAUCACCUACUCUUCACUUGUAGGAGGGCUUAGCAGAGAAGGGAAGGUUGAGAAAGCUAUCAGCUUCUUCAAAGAAUUGCAAGGUUUGGGAAUCAGACCAAAUGCAAUCACCUACAACUCCAUCAUGCUAGGUCUUUGUAAGGCUCGCCAAACAGAUCGUGCAAUUGACUUCCUCGUGCAUAUGGUGUCCAAGGGCUGCAAGCCUACUGAGUCUACUUACACCAUUCUCAUCCAAGGUAUAGCUUAUCAAGGUUUCACGAAUGAGGCUUUAGAGUUGCUGAACGAGCUUUGCUCUCGAGGGGCUGUCAAGAAAACUUCUGCUCAACAGGUGGUGGUCAAGUUCUAGCCUAGCUUAGCCUAUAUCAUACUGUUCAUUUUUGGGAUGUCUGAGCUGAGUGCUCAUCAAUGGAUUAUCAUCUUCUUCUUUUUUAUGUCUUUUAGUUAUUAUCUUAUGAAGAAUUAUUGAUACGAAAUUUGAUUCUUUCA